GUCCACAAUUGAAGCUCAUUGUGUCCUGCAUUCCCGAGUAGUUAGGUGUUCAUCUGUGAGUUUUCGACUGGACUGGGGAGGCAAGCAGAGAUGGCUGUGGCAAACUUCCACUACAUUACUCGCAUGAGCAGCGGAUUCAAGGUGUAUAUUCUAGAGGGUCAGCCUCAUCUGAGGAGUGAAGACAGAUUCAGACACAUGACAAAUGAACGGACUCGAACUCCGACAGUGUAUCCCAAACGCAAGCGCAGCCAUGAAAGAUGUCUCACUCUUGAGGAAAGACGUGAGCGGGUACUGAACAGAAGUAAUGGUAAAGCUGCUCAGAGACCACCAAUUGUACCAGCACCCGUGUUGUUUAAUAGCCCUCAAAGUCCCACUUCCACCUGGAGCCCAGCACCCAGUCCAACCAGCCCUUUGCCCUCCCAUGUGUAUUAUACUCCAGUCAUGGAAGAACCUCUUGCCCUCAUCAAGAAACCGAGAAAGGAAUCAGAGAGUACAGAGGACAAGACUAAAAACACUGGUACAAGUCAGAUUCAGAUGCGUCCCUCUGUGAUCACUUGUGUCUCUUCGUUAAGAAAACCCACCGUGACCUCCGAUGUCUACCAGAGUCAGUCAUCAGUCAUCUCCAACGACAACUAUGACCAUGUGGUUGAGGAGCAUUUCCAAAGGAGUCUCGGAGUGAAUUACCAGAAAAAUCACUCCCAGCAGCUCUCCAUCAGCGUGUCGGUCGAUGACCACUUCGCCAAGGCGUUGGGAGAUAAGUGGCUUCAGAUUAAGUCCAAGUCUUCCUCCUGUUCAUCUACACCACCUAGCAGUCCAAGCAUUACACACUCACCAGCAUACGCGCAAAGCCCGCAUCCAGUAAUGAAAGAAUCUGCAAGCAAAUCGUCACCAGCAUCCAACCAUUGGUCUGUAAAUUAACUAAAGAAUGACCUCUGACCUUGGCAGGGAACUGACUUUGAACAUAGCGUAUUUUCCAUGCCGCUUGCUGACUGAUGGACAGUUUUGGGGUAUCAGAUUGGACCACUAUGUACCUUGACUGAAGCAGACAAUUGUCGCAUCAGUUUGGAUUUUCUUACACUUUUUCUUCACCUUACCAUGGGUUUAAUUGAAGAAUCAACUAAUUUUUCCUUAACAUUUCUUUUUUUAAAUUUCAAUGUCAUGUUUCAUUUCAUUUUAUUAUAUUUAUAUUAAUUUCAUCUUUGAUGGUUUACCGGACAGGCCGAUAUUCGAUGUGUGUUAUUGUGAUUACACUUGUCAUGCAAAAGAAAAGCGUUUAAAGGCUUUGAUAAGUUUGGAAUAAAUAAAUAUGUAAAUAAA